CAGAGAUAGAAAAAGAAAAUAUAAAAAUUAAAUUAGGAACGUUGCAGUUCUCUUGUAAUUUUAGUUGCCCUGCUAGUGACAAUACAAUGUCGCCCGACGACGUAAACAAGGCUCUAUGCAUCCGGCAGUUCAUUUUCGUCGGUCGAUCAUUAUGUUUGUGUAUGCUGCUACGUACUACUACUAUCAAUUUCUGAGCUGCUACGUCCCUUAUGUCAACAUUCGUCGAUUAUAUAGAUGGACAUAAACAUUAAACAGACACGAGUGUGGGGAUCAUAAUACUUUGGAUUUCAAAGGGCUCGUAAUUACCGCUGAAACGAGCAUUUCAGUGUGCAUUCCACGAAUUGCUUCCCAAUUUUUUUGAUCAGAAACCGAUCCCGCUGCCUGCUGAAGAAAGUAAGAAGGAAGUAUGGCUCAAACUAAGCCCCAAACGUACACGAGCUCCACCCAUCAAUGCACGUGACCACCGUAACCCAGUGCGGUUUUCUGAUGAAUAUAUGCAGCUCAUGCCCAUUUUGAAACCUCCAGCAUUCAUUUUCUAGUGGCAUCCUACGUUUGUAUUUAAUAAACCUGCGGGUUUUCGGGUCGUAAUUUUCUUUCCCUCUCUUCCCACCAAACACGUGUGCGUUGAGCUUUUGCAUUGUGAGUUUGAACUAAUCAUAAUCAAUUGGAAAAGGACUUGGCCUUGCCUGGAAUUUCAAAGCCACACGCGCAUGAUUGGCAGUUUCUAGUGGCGGAGGAUUUACUUCCGUUUCGUCUGGGUAAAGUCGAAACUUUUGUCGCCAGGUUUUAUCUCGGCAAAUCAAGGGUUUUUCCCCCACCAGACACCCAAGUUGAUCCUUCACGACUUUUCAUGCAUAGGAGCGAGGGACCGUUGAUGGUCGCUGUCCUCCAAUCAGAAAUAUUCAAGGCGGGGCCCAUUUGCUUGGCCCGGCCAAAAGGGCACUUUGGUAGUUUUCUCAGCCCCAUGCAAGAAAAUAACAAGUGCAUCGUUCUUCUCGUGUGUAGAUGAAGCGCCAGGAGCGUUAUUCCGUUGCCGUGCCACUCUCACUUCACGUUCAUCACCACCCAACCCACUCUUCACCCCUCUUCUCUCUCUAAAAUUUAUCUCUAUAAAACGCGCGCACCCGCUCCGCCAUCCGAUCAUGGUUUAAUGCAAGAUCUACCAGUGCUUUCUUGCUAGCCAGCUGGUCGACAUAGGGAGAUUAUGGGAUCAGAUGACGGAACCCCGCCGAAGCUCUCCUUGUUGAUUUCCCGGCCAGACAAGCCUCCGGAAAUGCCGACUCCUCCUCUGCACGCGGCUGCCUCCGUUCCGUUUCAAUGGGAAGAAGCACCGGGGAAGCCCAGGCACCGCCCCGCCGAAUCCAAGCCCAAGAUCGCCAGAACCUUGAACCUGCCUCCCAGGCUGCUGUCCUCAGAGGCCAAGGUGUCGAGCGCGCCGUCGCCAACCACCGUGUUGGAUGGUCCUUUCAUGGGUCGAACCAUGUCCUUGACAUCUUCUAGGAACGCGAGUAAGGAUUAUUGGAGCGGCAAUUUUGGGUCGAGCAGGUGGAGAAGUUUCAAGAGGAACAGAGAGAAGGAGGAGGAGAAGGAGGUUGGGGGAGGCAGUUUUGACUUUCCAAACCGUGCUGCAGAUGGCCGCACCGCCAAAGGAAGGAUAUCAAGGGCUGGGAUUAGGAGAAGAGGGAGCUUUUUGGGGAACACGUAUAGGUCAAAUCUCUGGGCGAGCAUUUGUGAUAGCUUGAAGCAAGUGGUCCCGUGGAGACGCAAGCAGGAGGGGCAGACAAAGUAGGAGCCUCCUAAUUAGAAUCCUUCCCCACCCUCUCACUUGUACAGGACAAGCCAGUAUUUUAUUGUAAGUUAACGACAUUAUAUUCACCUAUUGCAAAUAUUGUAAUUCCAAAGUGCCAGAGACUUGGUCGUUUCUCCGAUGGGCCACUACAGAGAGACUUGGGAGUAGCUAGCUAGGGCGAAUCCUUGCCCGAGUUAUAUGGGAAAAGCAGAAGCAUGUGGUGCGUAUGGCUUAAACAAAAGCAUUGUAUUAAAUGCAAGUCGCGAUAACUGGGAUCGUGCUUGCCUUCACUUCGCCGGUGUUAUUAACGUGUGCUAGAGUAGUUUAAUUUGUUGACUAUGACAGAUCUGCUACUCACUUGUCAACGUGGAAUUGACUAUUUGUCCGAUCUGCAUUCAAAGUUUUAAAUUUUAAUACCCAUCUGGGUCGCCACUGAAUCAUCAUGAACAUCCACUUGUUUCGCUGUU